ACUCAGUUGGUGCCCUCCCUCUACAUCAGCCAAUGUGAUGAGCACCCACUAGGUGCUACUACGCCUGUACUAGGGUGGAGCGGAAUCAGGUUCCUUUGCAGCCCUUCCAGGAGCAACUAACUGCCAGCCCACCAUGAGCCACAUCAGUGUUGGCAACUCCUCAUUUGCUGAAAUCGCACUAAAGGCAGAAGACAGUCUCUGUCCUCCCCUACUGCCCAUGGCUGUUUACCCCACCCCUCGAAAAAAACAAAUGUCCUAGGAAUUCAGGAACCAACCCCUCCCCGCAUCCUGAGCCCAGCCCUGCUACUAACUUGCUUCUUGAGCAGCAGAGCAGGCUGUUACUUUGGACCUCAGUUUCCUCAUCUGCAAAAUGAAGAAAUUGGAUGAGAUUAUCGUUAAGGUCAUCUUUCACCUCCCCCCAAAAGCUUGUGAUCUCACACCUCCACAAGAUCCACUGUAGUGGAGACUACUUAGCUUGUAGUUGAAGGACCUGUCCCUGAUGUCAUAACAGGGUAACUAUGACAACCUGUCAUGGGGACCGCUAAGUACCUCACAGAGGAGCCUGGGUGCCUCAUUUCUUAAAUGAGACUAGGAAGAGAAGAUGAACAAUUCCCUGGAUUAUCUAGCCUACCCUGUAAUCGUCUCGAAUCACAGACAGAGCACAAUCUUCAGGAAGAAACUGGACUUUGGCCACUACAUAUUUCACAAGAAUAGAAUACAAAUAGUGAAACCAGCUGUUGAUACCAAACCUCCAGCGGCGCACACACAUCACAUUUUAAAACUGAGCAAACUACAGGGUGAACAAAAGCGGAUCGACAAAAUCGAAUACGAAAACAAGCAACUGUGUCAGAAAAUCGCCAAUGCCCAUCGUGGCCCUGCCAAGGUGGAUUGCUGGAACGAAUAUUUUUCCAAGAGAAUUCAAGACGCUAUAUCAGAAAUACGACAAGGUAUCUUCUCUCCCGAGAUGAUUAGGUUACUCACCAUGGAAAAGAUACGAGAGAAAGCCCUAGGAUUUCUUAGCUACUUAGAAUUUCAAGACACUCCUAAGUGGCUGAAUGCUCCAUCUUAGGAUGCUACAAUAAAGCUUGGAACAUAAAAUGAGCCUCCUUAUGAUAUUCAGAGAAGAAAAGGUUUGCUAAGCAAAUGAAGAGACUAAGAAAUCAUUUGAAACACACUGUAAAGACUUUAGAAGGUUUUCAGUCAUCAAAUCAUCCUGUUCAUUAGUGCCUAUGAUCUAGAAUGUAAGGGCCUCAAUUUGGAAACACCAGCAUUAAGCUGCUAUAUGUACAAUGUGCACCACCGCCCCACCCCUGCGAAUCAAUAAAAUCACUUUUCAAAUGAAA